AUGCCGCGGUUUAUGGACCAAACGCAACAAACGCCCGGUGUAUUCACGGUGAAAUCCGAUCUCAACUCUGGAUUUAAUCCUAGAAUAUUCUCUGGAUUUGAAAAAGGCAGAGGACCAGAAAAUCGUCCGAAUUCUGAAAAAUGGCCCAAAAACCAGAUUUGCCUGAUUCUAAAAAGAAAAAAACCUGAAUUCGCGAAACCUGCUCGGAGCAACGAAAUCGCUCCAUCAACGACGAUGGUACAAGAAAAUGGCAUCAGCGAGACAACGAGAGCGUGCAGAGUUGCUUCGUCGUCGCACGAGUAUCAAAAGCAAACGCGCAUUCAUCCGCGCGUAUCAGAGUCGCUGCACGGCACACACAUAUUACUGAUUAUUGCGACGAGCCUCGAGGAUCCGGCGGAUACGACACCGCUCUGCAGUUUCGGUAUCAGUCCGCGCGCGUUAGUUGCAUCGCGACGAGUGUCAGAUAGCGAGCGAGCGAGCAUGCGUGCGCCAUUAAAUUUACCAGCGUGGAACAUCUCAAGAAUUCCGAGCGGAUCGCUGCGAGAUUCGUGGAAAUUUUUUUGUUUUUUUUAUUAUUAUUAUUUAAGAGCAUAUAUUCCGAUCAUUUCUCCCGGAGAAAUAUAUAUAUACAGGACAGGCCAAAAGUCACUUCCUACAAAAAUAAAUCCAUAAUUCUUGUAUUAUGUGUGGUGGUCGAUAUUUGAAAAUAAUAAUAAACAAUUUUUAAAACAUAAUGAAAAUAUGAACUUAAAUUUCAGUUAAAAUUAAUGAGAUUAGCUUUCUUUUAUGUUUCUUAUAAUAUGUUUUAUUAAAAAAAAAAAAAAAAAAUACGGAAGCGUAAUUAUUACACGAUGUUUCAUUACAUGUAUGGGUGAAUGUUCUAUUUUAAUUGAAUCUACUGCGUAGUUCGAGAGAGAAAUUCUAUCGAAUUCUAUUCUUCUGAAAUUCAGCGGUCUGUCUGCUGUUAGAUAUUGACCAACUAUAAUUAGACUACAGAUAGAGCAUGUAUGUGCAAUUUGUUUGGCUAUAAUUAAAAACUAGAAUAUAGACUAAUAUGUAAAAUUUUACAAUCAGAACGAUACUUUGACUUUUGCAAAUUACACAUUUAAUACCUCUAAUGUGAAGUCUACAGUUUAAUAAUUUAUUUUUAUAAUAAAUAAUAACAAACUGAUCAUUUUAAAUUAUAUUUUUACAUUCCAAAUUACAUCACUGUGUUUUAAACGAUAAUUCUAAUAAAUAAUUUUAACAAGUAAUAACGAAUAAUAAUAAACAAUAACAAAUUAUAAUUUCAAAUCAUUUAUAUUUAAAGUGCUUUCUUUUUUCAACGUUUGAAUAAAAGAUUUGGAAAAUACGAAGGAUAAUGGACACGGGGACAAGUAUUUCUGACGAGAGAGAACGUGUUGACUUUUGAAUGGCUUCUUGUAAUGGUGAUGGACAGGAACGUUGGAUAGAUAGCGAAUAAUGUACGAGAUGUUUAACGAAAAGCGAGCCGUUUUAUGUAACGACGCGUAAAGAUGCCGGAUUUUAGUACUCGUUAAAGCAAGGCAGUAACAGCGAGUUAGUGACUCGGAGUUUCUAAUUAUCUCUCGCAUUUCUCGAAGUUUUAGAGUCACUAAAGGUGCAUGUAUCUUUUUCAUUAGGGAACACAAACUGAUAAUAAACUGUCUCGCAACAUAUGUAAAUCUGUAUAUCCACCAUUAUCAUUGUAUUUAUAUCAUCCAUCUCCAUCUGUUGAUUUUAUCAAUUUUUUCAACAACUCAUGUAACUGCAAUUCCAUCAAUUUUAGGAUCAUCAAAUUUUUCAUUCUGCAACUAUUUUUCACAAUAAAAAAUUUUUCUUUAAAAAUUUAUGAUCAAAUUAAUUUAUUUCCAUGAUCGAUUUCCACUACUGUUAUUUCAUUAAUUUUAUCAUUACCAGUAUUAGCUAGAGCAAUUAUAUAA